GCAGCGUGUUGCGUCUCACUUGCGCUGGCCAUGGCGCUUGGGCUCGACGGAUACAAGGCAGGCGGCGGGUCUAACCCACACUAUGUCGACGGCAAACUGCUUCUUCGAGUUAGCGACAUCACGACCAUGAUCUCGGUAGCCCUCGUUGCCAUCAAGGUCAUCACCGGCUUCCGGUCCGCCGUCAACCUGCAGGAUAUACCGAGAGACUUUCCCAGCUGGGCAAUAUUGGCUGCCGCGAUCGCUGUCAUGAUCCAGGCCUACACCAGCCCCGCCCUGACUGGCUCGGUCAACUGGGACGCGUCCUUCCAUAUUUCUCAUGACGCCGUCUCCCUAAGCUCGGUCGACCCCGAUACGGAUUUCAGCUCGUGGCUAUGCCAACUUGGCUGGGACGGCCCGUCCACCGUCGACGGCCAAGGCAGGUCAACCUCAGGAAACGGGCGUCGCCACGUGGUUAAUGACAUUGGGUUGCCUCGCAACUCGGUUCUCGUCCAUGUCACGCUUCCAUGCAUCAACGUUAGCAAUAUUUGCUGGCACCAACCUGCCGAUGAGCUGACGGGCGACGAGUGGAGUAAAACUAGUGGCGACGAUUUAACAUUGGUCGAUGAUGAUUCGUUCGGAUACUACCGAGCAGGCGCUACCCUCGCGUACGACGGAAACAAUCUCCGCCAUGAUCUCAACACGAGUGACACCAGCACGGCGACUGCACAACUACCAGCGGCGAACAAGUUCUCCGGUACCAUGACUGUGGCCCUCGUGACCGCUCGAAGGACCUACUCACUAGAUUCUCCCUGUGAACAGCUCAACAAAACCAAGUUCGGUGAUAUGUGCAAAUUGCCGUUGCCCUACUUGAUGGAGACGACGAGAAGUACUUCCGCAAACGAAAACUGUUUUCUGCUUGGCAAGAUCGACUUCGUCGCGGUGACUAAGAGCAGCCUCGCGACCUACAUUAGCCCCCGCGUUGUCGAGGACAUUACGCCAAGGAAAAGGUUGCAAUGUGGAAGAGGCCAAGAGGGUGGACUCCAAAAUGCCGCUGCAAGCCUGUAA